UUGAAACCUUAUUUGAACACAUAAGUAACGAAAUCAAAACUGUUGAAUAGAUGAUACUGUUGUUGAUGUUUCUGGCAGUAGUGACAUCGCAGGAUGUUUUACCUCGAUCCUGCCUCGAUAUCCAGUCCGCAUCAGGGGUCUACGAAAUCCAUCCCGAGUAUGGUUUCGGUAAACCAAUUGACGUGUACUGUGAACAGACCUUCGAGGAUGGGGGAUGGAUUGUGAUUCAAAACCGUUUCAAUGGUUCAGUACAUUUCUAUCGAGGCUGGAAGGAUUACGAGAACGGAUUUGGCGAUUGGCGCGGUGAGUUCUGGCUGGGUUUAAACUCGAUUCAUCGGAUCACUUACUCCCAGCCGUAUGAGUUGCUUAUCCAGCUGGGAGAUGAAAGUGAUAAAAUAUCGUAUGCCAGGUACACUUAUUUCGUGAUAUCCGGUCCAGAAGAUUCAUAUACUCUGAAACAUUUGGGAAAGUACUCGGGGACUACAGGUGAUUCACUUAAUCCUCAUAAAAAUUAUCCAUUUUCGACAAUGGACAGAGAUAAUCGAAAAACUAAAUGUAAGAAUCACAAAAAAAAUUGUGCAGUCGAGUUUCAAGGCGCUUGGUGGUAUGAUUGUUGUCAUUAUAGCAACUUGAAUGGAUUAUACCUGGUGGGGAAACAAAAAGAAUAUGCAACAUCGAUAUGUUGGAUGACAUUCAAAGGAUAUUACUAUGGAUUUAAAACUUCGAGAAUGAUGAUUCGCCCUAAGGCAUCCACGACUAAGUAAAUUAAGAGUAGGGAAAUCGGGUAAAAAUGCGCAGAACAAGCACCAUUAGUAUUAAACAAACAUGUUUUGACAUUUCUGAAAAUGCUCGUCUGUCUAUGUACAUUCCCAAAUUUAAUGAUUCGUUUCCGGUGAGAGUAAUAAGGGGAAGAAGAUAAAAACAUAACUAAUGAACAAGUGAAAUGGUCAAAUCGGAUUAAUCAGCCUUAAAAAUCUGAAUUAGGUAGUAUAACAUAGGUGGAAAAUAAAAAAUAGAAGAACGCAAAUAAAAGGUUUAUAAACUGGAAUCUAUAAAAAAGAGAAGGAAAAACAAUUUUAUGGAAUGGAAAAUGGAAAAUAGAGAAUAAAUUGGAUGUUUAAAAAAGCAAAAAGGAAGGUUAAAAAGUUUAAAAAAAAAUUUAUGAAGUGAAAUAUGAGAAAAAUAUAAUUAAUAGAGUUAGAAGCAAGAACAAGCUAGAUAAAUUUAAAAAAAAUACAAAAAUGCGGAGAAGAUAAAGGGAGUUGAAAAUCAGGAAUGAAAAAUUUAAAAUGUAACAUGGAGCAUGAACAAGUGAAUGAAAUAAAAAAAAGAUUUUUUUUAUG